GCCUGGGGGUCCCCUCCCCCCUCCCGGGUGUUCCUAACUCUCCCCCCACUCCUCCCCCUCGCAGAGUUCUGCCGCAUCGACCGGCCCCUGUGCCAGCAGGAGGAGGAGCAGCUCAGCUUCGAAGCCGUGCGCAACAUCCACAAGCAGAUGGACGACGACGCGAACGGCAACGUGGACGUGGAGGAGAGCGAUGAGUUCCUGCGGGAAGACCUGAAUUACCACGACCCGACCAUCAAGCACAGCACCUUCCACGGGGAGGACAAGCUCAUCAGCGUGGAAGAUCUUUGGAAGGCCUGGAAGGCGUCGGAAGGUAAGGCCAGAGGGCACCCAGGGCCGGGGCCUGCCAGCAAAGGGCGGGCCGGCUUGGGACUGCAGAACGAGGCUUCGGGAAGGGCUGCUUGGCGCCCGGGGGCCCCAGUGCGCAUGGCCCUCCGUAAUGCGGAGAAGGAGCUGGAGUCGCACAGCAGCUGGGCGGCCCCCGGGGCCCUCCAGAAGUGGCUGCAGCUGACGCACGAGGUGGAGGUGCAGUACUACAACAUCAAGAAGCAGAACGCGGAGAAGCAGCUGCUCCUGGCCAAGGAGGGGGCCGAAAAGAUCAAGAAGAAGCGCAACACCCUCUUUGGCACCUUCCACGUGGCCCACAGCUCCUCCCUGGACGACGUGGACCAUAAGAUCCUGACCGCCAAGCAGGCGCUGAGCGAGGUGACGGCUGCCUUGCGGGAGCGGCUGCACCGCUGGCAGCAGAUCGAGCUGCUCUGCGGCUUCCAGAUCGUCAGCAACCCGGGGAUCCCCACGCUGGUCUCGGCCCUCAACAUCGACCCCAGCUGGGUGGGGGGCCCCCCGCGCCCCAACCCCUCCCACUUCAUCAUGACGGACGACAUGGACGACCUGGACGAGGAGAUGGUCUCCCCCGUCUCCAUGCAGUACGUGGCCCUGCUUUUGGGGCGCCAGUGCAGCGACCACUCCGGCCCCUGCUUGGAGGACCAGGCCUUCUGCAAGGACCCCGCUCCCACCUUGCCAAGCAGCGUCAUUCGCCAGCGCCUGAUGGACCCCCAGCAUUCCUUGGGAUCGCAGAGGGACCUGGCCCACUCGGACUCGGACUCCUCCAUCCCGCACCUGGGCGACCUCCAGCGGGCAGCCAUUUCCGCACCCAAGCUGCGCCCCGCCCUGCUGCACAAGCCGGCUGAGGAACAGCAGCACCCACCGGAUCCCGCCGAGUUGGAGAGCCCGCUGAUGAUGAAGAAGGUGCCCCCACUCAACCACCACCACGGGGGGCUGGAGAAGGCGGCCAGCCUGGGGGAGCUGGGGCCGGCGGGGGCCCGUUCAGGGGACUCCUCUCGGUCACACAGCCCCAGCUCCACUGAGCCCGACACCCCCUCCCCGCCUGCCAACGGCCGCACCGCACUCUCCCUCCUGUCUGGCAAGGCCAACAGCCGCAUCCCCCACCUGGCGGCCAAGAAGACCGGGGCAGAGGAGGACAGCGGCUCCACCGGCGAGGAGACGGACUCGGGCCCCGGGAAGAAGAAGUUCCCCCUAAAGAUCUUCAAGAAGCCCCGGAAGUAGCCGGAGGACACGGAAGGACCGGGCAAGGCGCCCGUGGCUGCCCUCCGCCGGAACGCCUGGACCGAGCGACAGAGACACUCUUGCUGGGGGGGCCUCCUGGGGCCAGAGGGCCCUGCUUGGCUGCGCAUGGCUUGCACCCGCUGCCCCCCUUCUGCCUGCUGCUGCUGCCCUCCAUGCGGCCAGAGCAGGGGAACCCCAACAGGCGCCCCUGGACUGCGGCCUUCCCCCGGGAGUGGAACCAAAGCUUCGUGGCUGCUCUGUGCAGCUGAGUACAGGAGGGCGAUGCCUCAGACUCCUGGCUGCGUCCUGGACCGGCCGGAGUGGCCACACAGGAGCCCGUCUCUCUGGGUCUCAGGGCAAGGAGGAAGGCGGCCGCCUGGCCAGCAAGGCUGCGGAGGGGCUGCCCAGGCACCGAAGGGGGGCAGCUCCUUGGGCCGGCCGGCUGCUUUCGUAAAACUGUUUUGAAUCUAAUAAAGCAUGUAGACUAUUUUAAUAA